CCCGGGGGAGGUUGGUAACGAUUUAUUCUCCGGCUAAUCGAUCACGCCCAGCCGCCCGACAGUUUGGAAUACGUUCAAGUGGGUCCUCCGGCCGGCGAAUCACGGGGCCGAGCCUCUGGCUACCAUCUUGGGACCAAAGGCCUUCUUGUCAUCGCAAGGCCGCGAGGGAAGGCGACUGGCCAUGCCGCCUGACUGCACGGGAAGGCGUACGGCCGUUUCCUAGAAACAUGCUCGGUGGUUUGUCUUGAUCUCACAGCCCAGUGAAAACUUCUGUCUUGAUAAUGUCAAGUUCGGGCUACCCUCCUAACCAAGGACCGUUCAGCACAGAACAGAGUCGUUACACCACUCACUCUGUCCAGUACACUUUUCCCAGUACUCGGCAUCAGCAGGAAUUCACAGUUCCUGAUUAUCGUUCCUCUCACCUGGAAGUCAGCCAGGCAUCACAGCUUUUGCAGCAGCAGCAGCAACAGCAACAGCAGCAGCAACUUCGAAGACGGCCUUCUUUACUUUCAGAAUUUCAUCCAGGGUCUGACAGAUUUCACUGGGAUAAAAUUCAUACACUUGAAUAUUCAACAGAGGGUAUUUGUCUUUCUAGGCCUCAAGAAAGGAGAACUGGGUAUGAACAAUUUCAUCCAGGACCAACCCAGGUGGAUCACGACUCACUGGAACCUAAACGGCCACGUCUGGAGCAGGUUUCUGAUUCCCAUUUUCAGCGUGUCAGUGCUACUGUUCUGCCAUUAGUACACACACUGCCAGAGGGUCUGCGAACAUCUGCAGAUGUCAAGAAGGAGACAGCUUUUGGAGGCAAGCAUGAAGCACCAUCUUCUCCUGGUCCUGGUCAACCCUGUGGAGAUGAUCAGAAUGCUUCACCAUCAAAACUUUCAAAGGAAGAGUUGAUACAGAGUAUGGAUCGUGUAGACCGAGAAAUUGCAAAAGUAGAACAACAGAUACUUAAACUGAAGAAGAAGCAACAACAGCUUGAAGAAGAAGCUGCUAAACCUCCCGAGCCUGAGAAGCCUGUGUCUCCUCCUCCUGUGGAACAGAAACACCGCAGUAUUGUUCAAAUUAUUUAUGAUGAGAAUCGGAAAAAAGCAGAAGAAGCCCAUAAAAUUUUUGAAGGUCUUGGCCCAAAAGUUGAACUGCCACUGUACAACCAGCCAUCGGAUACCAAAGUGUACCAUGAAAACAUCAAGACUGGAGCACCUGCAAGGCGCAUGAUGAAAAACCAGGUGAUGAGGAAAAAGCUCAUUUUAUUUUUUAAAAGAAGGAAUCAUGCAAGAAAACAAAGGGAACAAAAAAUCUGCCAGCGGUAUGAUCAGCUCAUGGAAGCAUGGGAGAAAAAAGUGGACAGAAUAGAAAAUAAUCCUCGCAGGAAAGCUAAGGAGAGUAAAACAAGAGAAUACUAUGAGAAACAAUUUCCAGAAAUUAGAAAGCAAAGGGAACAACAAGAAAGAUUUCAAAGGGUUGGGCAGCGAGGAGCUGGUCUUUCAGCAACUAUUGCUAGAAGUGAACAUGAAAUUUCUGAAAUUAUUGAUGGACUCUCUGAACAGGAGAACAAUGAAAAACAAAUGCGCCAGCUCUCUGUCAUUCCGCCUAUGAUGUUUGAUGCAGAACAGAGACGGGUGAAGUUUAUUAACAUGAAUGGUCUAAUGGAGGAUCCCAUGAAGGUUUAUAAGGACAGGCAGUUCAUGAAUGUCUGGACUGACCAUGAGAAGGAGAUUUUUAAGGAAAAGUUUGUCCAACACCCCAAAAAUUUUGGUUUAAUUGCUUCCUACUUAGAAAGAAAGAAUGUUCCAGACUGUGUCUUGUAUUACUAUUUGACCAAGAAAAAUGAGAACUAUAAAGCCCUUGUAAGAAGGAAUUAUGGAAAACGGAGAGGAAGAAACCAGCAACAAAUUGCACGCCCCUCGCAGGAAGAAAAAGUAGAUGAAAAAGUAGAAGAUGAUAAAACAGAAAAAACAGAAAAGAAAGAAGAGGAAAAGAAAGACGAAGAAGAAAAGGACGAGAAAGAGGAAUCAAAAGAAAAUGCCAAAGAAAAAGACAAGGCAGAAGUGGCAGCAGAGGAAACUGAGGAGAGGGAGCAGGCCACCCCCCGGGGCCGAAAGACCGCCAACAGUCAGGGGCGCCGGAAGGGCCGGAUAACCAGGUCAAUGACGAACGAAGCCGCGGCAGCCAGUGCUGCUGCAGCUGCUGCUACCGAAGAGCCGCCUCCUCCGUUGCCACCUCCACCAGAGCCUUCCUCCACAGAACCUGUGGAGACCUCUCGCUGGACAGAAGAAGAAAUGGAAGUGGCUAAAAAAGGGUUAGUUGAACAUGGUCGCAACUGGGCAGCAAUUGCCAAAAUGGUGGGAACUAAAAGUGAAGCUCAGUGUAAAAACUUUUAUUUUAACUACAAAAGGAGACACAAUCUAGACAAUCUCCUUCAGCAGCACAAGCAGAAAUCUUCACGAAAGCCCCGUGAAGAGCGGGAUGUAUCACAAUGUGAAAGUGUAGCAUCUACUGUAUCCGCCCAAGAAGAUGAAGAUAUUGAAGCCUCUAAUGAAGAAGAGAAUCCAGAAGAUAGUGAAGGUGCUGAAAAUAGUUCUGAUACAGAGAGUGCUCCCUCACCAGUUGAAGCUGUCAAGCCCGGUGAAGACACAACCGAAAAUGCUUCUUCUAGGUUAACCACUGAGACCCCAGCAGAGCAAGAUCCCACUAUUAAAACAGUAUCCAACACCCCGCCAUCUUCAGCGGUUCCAAGUACAAAACCUGCCGAAAAUGAAAAUGAGGAACCCCAAGUAAAGGAAGAAGUCAACAACGAUGGAGAGGAGUCUAUGGAAGUGGACAGUAGAAGCCACAUCCCUGAAACUAAGCCUGUCCUGUGCCUCCCAGUGCAUGCCAAAGCUGAGCCUCUUGAUGUGGAAAUGAGGAUACCAGAGAACAUUCAAGUCAAAAUAGAGAACGAUACCAAAGAGAGAGAUUUGGAAAGACCGAAAGAGAAGACUGAACCCGAAGAAAUGGAGUUUGGCCUGGCCCAGCAAUCUAAUGUCGCAAGGCCAGAAUCCCAGUCUGACAACGAUUCUAGUGCUACUUGCAGUGCUGAUGAAGAGGUUGACGGAGAACCUGAGAGGCAAAGAAUGUAUACUAUGGACUCAAAGCCGUCUCUGUUAAACCCUACUGGAUCCAUACUAGUUUCUUCCACCUUAAAACCGGGGCCAAUGGACCUGCAACAACUUCAUCAUCGAGCUGCUGUCAUCCCACCAAUGGUCUCUUGCACCCCCUGUAACGUACCUAUGGGAACAACUGUGAGUGGUUAUGCCCUCUUUCAGCGGCACAUUAAAGCUAUGCAUGAGUCGGCACUGCUGGAAGAGCAGCGACAGAGGCAGGAACAGAUAGAUCUGGAGUGCAGACGGUCCGCAAGCCCCUGUAGCACCUCCAAGAGCCCAAACAUUGAAUGGGAAGGAAAAUCAGUCGCCUAUAUGCCUUAUGCUGAGGUCAAACGUGCAAUAGAACAGGAAGCGCAGAUGCAAAAUACAGCAGCAAGGUCAGCAUCACCGUAUAGGCUAUCUCCAAGAGAAGUCAGUAAAGCCUCUCCACAGCCUGAUUUGAAUGCAGCUCGCUAUAGUGUCCCGCCAGUUCUCCAGCCUGCUCCUCAUCAAGUGAUCACAAAUCUCCCAGAAGGAGUACGACUCCCAACAACCCGCCCCACCAGGCCACCCCCUCCACUCAUUCCAUCUUCCAAAACUUCGGUACAGUCAGAAAAACCAUCUUUCAUUAUGGGAGGAUCAAUUUCACAGGGAACACCUGGCACUUACUUAACAUCUCACAGUUCAGCUUCGUACAGUCAAGAACCAGCUAAGCCUUCAGUUGGGUCUAUAUCUCUUGGACUUCCAAGGCAACAAGAAUCUGCCAAAUCUGCAGCUUCCAUGCCUUACAUCAAACAGGAAGAGUUUUCUCCCAGGAGCCAGAACUCCCAGCCCGAGGGCUUGUUAGUCAGGGCCCAGCAUGAAGGUGUGGUCAGAGGUACUGCAGCAGCCAUCCAAGAAGGAAGUAUAACCCGAGGAACACCAGCCAACAAAGCCCCUGUUGAAAACAUGCCUUCCCUGCGAGGCUCUAUCACUCAGGGUACGCCUGCUCUGUCUCAGUCUGGCAUUGCAGCUGAAGCUCUGGUGAAGGGAGCCAUCACUAGAAUGGCUAUGGAAGACAAUAGCCCAGAAAAAGGCAGAGAGGAAGCUACAUCCAAAGGCCAUGUUAUUUAUGAAGGCAAAAGUGGACACAUACUGUCAUAUGAUAAUAUUAAAAAUGCCCGAGAAGGUACCAGGAGUCCAAGAACAGCUCAUGAAAUCAGUUUAAAGAGAAGUUAUGAUACCAUGGAGGGUAAUAUAAAACAAGGGAUGUCACUGAGAGAAUCUCCUGUGUCUGCACCAUUAGAAGGGUUAAUAUGCCGUGCACUGCCAAGGGGCAGCCCUCAUGCAGAGCUCAAAGAGAGGACUGUGUUGUCUGGUUCCAUAAUGCAAGGUACACCAAGAGCAACCGCUGAAAGCUUCGAAGAAGGCCUUAAGUACCCUAAGCAAAUAAAGCGAGAGAGUCCUCCCAUACGAGCAUUUGAAGGAGCCAUUACAAAGGGAAAGCCUUAUGAUGGGGUUACCACUAUCAAAGAAAUGGGACGUUCCAUUCAUGAAAUCCCAAGGCAGGAUCUCUUGAGCCAAGAAAGUCGCAAGACUCCCGAAGUAGUGCAGAGUACAAGGCCAAUAAUGGAAGGUUCCAUUUCCCAGGGUACACCCAUAAAGUAUGACAACAACUCCGGUCAGUCUGCCAUUAAGCACAAUGUAAAAUCGUUAAUCACUGGACCAAGCAAGAUACCCCGUGGAAUGCCUCAGCUGGAAAUGGUUCCAGAGAAUGUAAAGGUGGUGGAACGAGGGAAAUAUGAAGAUGUGAAGGCCGGGGAACCUGUGCGUUCUCGCCAUACGUCAGUAGUCAGCUCCGGCCCUUCCGUUCUCAGGUCAACUCUGCAUGAAACUCCCAAAUCUCAGCUGAGCCCUGGGAUUUAUGAUGAUACCAAUGCAAGGAGAACCCCUGUGAACUAUCAAAACACUAUGUCAAGAGGUUCACCUAUGAUGAAUAGAUCUUCUGAAGUAACAAUUUCUUCUGGCAAGUCUGCAAAUCAUGAAAGGAAAUCUACACUUACCCCAACUCAGAGAGAAAGUGUAUCAUCAAAGUCUCCAGUACCAGGGGUUGAUCCUGUAGUAACCCAUAGUCCCUUCGAUCCUCAUCACAGAGGUGGAACUCCAGGAGAGGUCUAUCGAAGCCACCUUCCCACUCACCUAGAUCCUGCCAUGCCAUUUCACAGGGCUCUGGAUCCUGCUGCUGCCGCAUACCUGUUCCAGAGGCAGCUUUCACCUACCCCAGGUUAUCCAAGUCAGUACCAGCUUUAUGCAAUGGAAAAUACAAGGCAGACCAUCCUAAAUGAUUAUAUUACCUCCCAGCAGAUGCAAGUUAACUUGCGCCCCGAUGUAGCGAGAGGACUGUCUCCUAGAGAACAACCAUUAGGCCUCCCGUAUCCAGCAACCAGAGGCAUCAUUGACUUGACCAAUAUGCCCCCCACAAUCUUAGUGCCUCACCCUGGUGGAACAAACACUCCUCCAAUGGACAGAAUCACUUACAUACCUGGUACCCAGCUUACUUUUCCUCCCAGGCCUUACAAUCCUGCUUCUAUGUCACCAGGGCAUCCCACUCACCUUGCGGCAUCCGCGGCGGCAAAUGUGGAACGAGAACGUGAAAGGGAAAGAGAGAGGGAGAAGGAGCGUGAACGAGAGAGAGAGCGGGAGCGGGAGAGAGAGCGGGAGAGAGAGAGAGAACGGAUAGCUGCUGUGUCCACAGAGCUCUACCUUCGGUCAGGCUCGGAACAGCCUGGACGACCAGGGAGUCAUGGAUAUGUUCGCUCACCUUCUCCUUCAGUCAGAACCCAGGAGAACAUCCUGCAGCAAAGACCCAGUAUUUUCCAAGGAACCAACGGCACCAGUGUGAUCACCCCUUUAGACCCUGCUGCACAGCUUCGCAUCAUGCAGAUCCCCCCUGGAGGCCCUUCCAUAACUCAAGGGUUGCCAGCAUCACGGUAUAAUACUGCAGCAGAUGCCUUGGCUGCUUUGGUGGAUGCCGCAGCCUCUGCACCGCAGAUGGAAGUGUCCAAAGCAAAAGAGAGUAAGCACGAGGCAACACGGAUAGAGGAGAACUUGGGACGCAGGUCAGCAAUGGUUAGUGAGCAGCAGCAACAGCUGGAGCAGAAAACCCUGGAGGCGGAGAAGAGAUCCAUUCAAUGCCCGUACACUUCUGCAGGCUUCCCAAGUGGAAAACCCCAGGGACAGUCCUCUUCGGUAGUUUAUUCUGAGGCCGGUAAAGAUAAAGGGCCUCCUCCCAAAUCCAGAUACGAGGAGGAGCUAAGGACUCGAGGGAAGACCACCAUUACUGCUGCUAACUUCAUAGAUGUGAUCAUCACCCGACAGAUUGCUUCAGAUAAGGACGCCAGAGAACGCGGCUCUCAAAGUUCGGAUUCUUCUAGUAGUCUAUCUUCUCACCGAUAUGAAACCCCUGGAGAUGCUAUUGAAGUGAUAAGUCCUGCCAGUUCACCUGCUCCACCCCAGGAGAAAUUGCAGGCCUAUCAACAGGAGGUCCCUAAACCAAGCCAGGCAGAAGGUGAUCCCAGUAGACAGUAUGAAGGUUCAUUGCACCGCUAUCGACCACAGCAAGAAUCUCCAUCUCUGCAGCAGCAACAGCAGCAGCAGUUGCCACCAUCUUCACAAGCAGAUGGAAUUGGACAUGUGCCUAGAACUCAUCGUUUGAUCACACUUGCUGAUCAUAUCUGUCAAAUUAUUACACAGGACUUUGCUCGAAACCAAGCUGCUUCGCAAGCCACCCAACAGCCUCCCACUUCUACAUUCCAGAAUUCAACCUCUGCUUUAGUUUCUACUCCUGCCAGGACAAAAGCACCGAAUCAUUACAGCCCAGACUCACAGUCACAGUCUGUCCACCAUCAGCGGCCAGGUUCCAGAGUGUCUCCGGAAAAUCUCUCAGACAAAUCCCGAGGAAGGCCUGGAAAAUCCCCAGAAAGAAGUCAUGUCGCUUCAGAGCCCUACGAGCCCAUUUCCCCUCCUCAGAUUCCAGCUGUACACGAGAAACAAGACAAUAUCCUAUUACUUUCCCAAAGAGCUGAGCCUGCAGAACAGAGCAGGAAUGAUUCCCGCUCACCAGGGAGCAUCAGCUACCUGCCUUCAUUCUUCACCAAGCUUGAAAACACUUCACCUAUGGUGAAAUCCAAGAAGCAGGAGAUUUUUCGUAAGUUGAACUCCUCUGGUGGAGGUGACACUGACAUGGCAGCUGCUCAACCAGGAACUGAAAUAUUUAACCUGCCAGCAGUCACUACCUCGGGCUCAGUCAGUUCUAGAGGCCAUUCUUUUGCUGAUCCUGCCAGCAAUCUGGGUCUGGAAGACAUUAUAAGGAAAGCUCUCAUGGGAAACUUUGAUGAUAAGGGAGAAGAUCAUGGAGUUGUCAUGUCACAGCCUAUGGGAGUCGUGCCAGGCAGUGCAAAUCCAUCAGCCUCAGCUAAUAGCGAGACCCGCAGAGAGGAAGCAAACCCAUCACCUAAUUCAGGAGGGGGAGUCGGCAAACAGAAGCUAAUAGGCAAAUCAAAUAGUAGGAAGUCUAAAUCUCCCAUUCCUGGACAGGGCUACUUAGGAACUGAACGGCCUUCUUCUGUUUCAUCUGUGCAUUCAGAAGGAGAUUACCACAGACAGACGCCAGUGUGGGCCUGGGAAGAUAGGCCUUCUUCAACAGGAUCAACUCAGUUUCCCUAUAACCCUCUGACGAUGCGGAUGCUCAGCAGUACCCCACCAACGUCACUUGCAUGCGCCCCUCCGUCCAUGAACCAAGCAGCUACUCACCAACAGAACAGGAUAUGGGAGCGAGAACCUGCCCCACUACUCUCAGCACAAUACGAGACGCUAUCAGAUAGCGACGAUUGAACUAUGCAGAGAUUGGGGUGGGGUUUGAUUUUUUUUUUUUCCCCAUUGGUUUUUGUUUUGGUUUGGGGGUGGGGGAGGGGAGUUUUUUUUUUGUUCCUUGUUUUAUUUUUCAUUUGCUGGUCGAAAAAAAUCUAUCUUUUGACUUGUGCCCAAAGAGACUUUCAAAGGAGAGCCAGGGCCAAAACAAUGAAGAAAUGAUGGAAAAUUUAUUUGUCAAGUAGAAAAUAUGCCUGCUACAUAGGCCACUUGGAGGAUUUGAGUAGUCUUGAAGAUAAAUAUGUAAAGUUUUUAAGAAGUGGACAUUUCCUGUUCUACAUCUAUUUGUAAAGAGUAUCAUAAUGUCUUUAAAUCAUUCUUCUGUAAAUAGAGAGUACUUUUUGCAGUGUUUUUCCCUUUGCUAUAGUAUCUGGUGUACUUAUGUUCAAAUCAUCACAUCAAUUUUGGGGGUCAUUUUGUAACUUUUUUUUAAAAAAGAAAAACAUUUCCUUGUGUAUUCUUUAAUACCCUCGCCUUCCAAAUGACCACAUGCAGCCCAGUUACACGGUUCUGGCUGUCAUAGGCAUUGUGCUUUAAUCCAAGAUUCUUUUCCUCCCUAAACACAUUUGCCCAGUGGUAUUCAAGCUCUUGUGAAAAUGUUGAGAUUUUAAGAUUGACCCUCAACCAGUUCUGUAUAUUAACAUAGAUCAGCUGGCAGGAGAUGACGUUUCUUUCAUUUAAAAAAAAAUUCUGCCAUAUUGUAAAUUUUCAGUGCAGUCUUUUUUUUUUUUUAACUUAGCAGCUCUGCAGAAAUAUUAUUGCAUGGGUAUGUUAUGGUUCAGUUUAAGAAACAGAUUUACUUGAGGCAUACCUCACUGUUAUGCACACUGGUGAUUUAACUUUGCCCCCAAGUUCUCUCCUUUUUCUUUUUCAUCUUAUACAACCCAACCAAGGCUAAUGUAUAAAAUAAAUUCUUCCGCCACCUCUGUAAUCACAGUAGGUUAUCUGUGAACGAAGGCUCUGGGUGUCUCAGUUAGUUUCCAAAGAAAAUAAAUUUCUACCCGUCCCUAGUUUUGUGAGUGAGUGUUUGGAUGGGUGGGUGUGUAGGUGUGUGUGGGUGCAUGUGUGUUUAAAUGGAUUUGUACAGCAGUCAAGCACCACCUAAGGAGUCUUGAAAUAUUUAGGAAUCAGGAUUGUUGAUAAUUCACAAUAUUGUUCGACUCAGUUGAUUUUUCAGGUCCUUCUGACACUUGUAAACUGGUGUGUCUAUCUUCCUUAGAUUCCUAAUUCAGUAAGAAGCAGGCUGGAGUUUCUACUAUUCUUAUUGAAUCAUUUCCUAAGGAGAUAGUGCUCACUAGUUGAAAAAUCUAAAAUAUAUAAGUUAAUGGUACUAGGGGAUCUUUUUUAAUUCUUCACCACUGCCUGCUGAAAUGGAAACCCUUUACUACCAUGCCCUUCUUUAUGAAUUUGAAUAAUACUGUCAGAAAUACUGAAUAAUACUGUGGUCAUUUGUAUUUGAAACUGUAUGGGAAAAAGAUGGAAAGUGUUUAGUGGUGAUAUGCAUGAAUGACAAAGGCAAGAUGGGAGAAAAUGGAAUAGAAAUGAAUGUCCAUAAUAGUGAAUAUACCCUGAACUCCCAGAGAAAGCAGUAUUCUUUAGAGUCUGUUCAAUCAAUGGUAUUUAUAUUCAUGAUAUAUAUUCACCUUUAAACAUUGAUGUUGUUUGAAGAGAUUCAAAUUGCUCAGUAUUCACAUUUCUGCCAGUUCUCUGGAAGAUUGAAACUCUUUUAUUGACUAAUUUGUCUCGAUAAAUAAUUACCUUGAUUUUAUAAUGGGAUUAUGGUCUUUGGUUAUUUUUUUAAAAUCAACCACACAAACUUAAGAAUAACAAAAUGCUCCUUUUUUGGAAAUUGGGAAGGUAAUUCUUUCCACAGAGAGAGAAUUUCAUUAAAAUGUUUUUAGACUCAGUGAUUCAUAUUUUUGUCAAGUAGCUGAUAAGUCGUGAAUACCCUGGUAAUUAUUUAAAUUGCCUUGAAUGUUGUAUCCUCAAAAUGAUAGUUUGGCGCCUGAUUUUUUUGUCUCAGUCUGUGAAUUUUUUAAAAGAACAAUACAAAUCUGUAUUUUUAUUUGGCAGUGUGGAGUGGGAUUUAUGACCUGGCUUAUUUUGUUGACACACAUAGUUUGGAUGAUCAAAUUAUGUUCCAUUCUCAUCUCUUCAAUCAGUAGAAUUAAAAUUUUGCAUAUUUGAGUGGCUUGUAUGUGGAGAAAUACUUAUAUUUAACUGCUGAUAGCCAUAGCACUUCACUUGAAAGAAAAUGUGUACUAAAAUUGCUGUUGUUGUAAAUCUAGCACAAUACUUCGUAACGUAACGGAUCAUUCUUGGGAAAUUAAAUUGUAACACCAAGGCACAACUUUUGCAGGCUUUUUCAGUAUUCUGAAAGUUAUAUUCUUAUACCUUAGCUGUUAAUUUGUAACCUCCUCUACUCCAGCACUCAGAGCCUAAGUUGAGAUUUAUAGUUACAGUAGCCUUGAAAACAUGGACUUAAUUCUGUCUUGUUUCAACAGGAAGGUAUGUGUAAAUCAUUGUUUACAAAAGUAGUUUACAACAAACUUUUAAAUGUUGAUUUAUAAUCAUGGCUUUCACAAUGUUUUCAUCCUGGUAUGUUCAGUGAUUCUGAUUUGAAAACAUUUAAGACUUGAAAACCCAUUUGUCAUGAUGAGAUUCAAUUUUUUUCCACACAAUGUCUUUAUUAGUCAGUGACUUCUGGAUUCCGACCAAUCAAUAAAGGGGAUCAGUUCUC